AUGUCUAUUAAAUACGAUUUCACGGGUAAAGUGGCGCUAAUCACGGGCUCGAGUGCGGGUAUCGGUGCCGGCAUUGCCCUCCAGUUGGCUCAAUCAGGUGCCAGUGUUGUGGUCACCGGUCGUAACGCAAACAAUGUGACAGAAGUGGCCAAACAGUGUCUCAAUGUAUCGCCGAAAGGCAUUAAACCUCUGGAAGUGUUGGCGGAUGUGACCAAACGGGAAGAUCUUCAACGUCUGGUCGACCAGACUAUCGGACGGUUCGGUAAACUGGAUAUUGUGGUCAAUAACGCGGGCGCCCUCUUCUUAGGCAAUAUUAUUGACCAUAACUUUUACGACAAUUACAAGACAUUAAUGUCUGUUAACUUGGAUUCUGUCGUAUAUUUAACGCAUAUAUGUGUCGAGUAUUUGGAAAAAACGGGCGGAAAUAUAAUUAAUAUUUCGAGUAUAGCCUCAAUGCGAACCGUUCAAAUGGCAACCGCCUAUUGCGUGUCUAAGAGCGCACUCGACAUGUUUGGCCAGUGUAUGGCCGCCGAACUCGGACCCAAACGCAUCCGGGUUAACACUAUUAAUGCCGGAUAUUCACCCACUGGUAUUCACGAGUCGGCGGGUUUCAGUCGUGACAAUGUCGAGGCCUACACCGAGCUCUGUAGGCAACGCCUGCCGGCGGGCCGAGAGGGCCGACCCAUCGAUUUUGCGCAUGCGGUUCAGUUUUUGGCCAGCGACCAUGCCAAGUUUAUCACCGGGGCCAAUCUACUGGUUGAUGGUGGUAAUAUAGCCGCCAAUUUUUGCACGAAUACAUAA